CUAUUAGGCAUAGUAAAUAGCAUAAAAUAUUAGGAGUAACUGUUUGAGAGGUUUUUCAUUGGAUGUGGUUUCAGAUUGUGAAAGAUGGGUACCAGUGGAGGAAAUAUGGGCUAAAAGUGACCAGAGAUAACCCUUGUCCAAGAGAUUUCAAAUGCUCUUUUGCUCCAAGCUGCCCUCUAAAAAAGAAGGUGCAAAGAAGAUUGGAUGAUCAAUCUGUUCUAGUGGCUACUUAUGAAGGGGAGCACAACCAUCCCCAAGCUUCUUCACAAAUGGAGGCAACAUCAGGUUCUGGGCGAAGUGUGACCCUUGCUUCAGUGCCUUGUGCAGCUGCCACUCCAACACUAAUUACCCUUGACUUGACAAAAUCUAAGAGCAGCAACGAUUCCAAGAGCACGAAAACUAAAGUAGAUACACCUAAAGUGCAGCAGGUUUUGGUGGAACAGAUGGCAACUUCUUUGACCACGGAUCCUAAUUUCAGAGCAGCACUUGUUGCUGCCAUCUCAGGAAGAUUGUUGCACAUAUAA